AUGCAGGUGGAUUGCCACUGGACAGAGGUUUUUAAGGAGACUGUGAGCGAGACCAUGCUCAAUCAAGAGGUGACGUCUCCAGCUCUGAUGUCCGCUGGUCCAUCCACACCACGAUCCGUACCCCUGGCUAUCAGGAGCAAACGAGGAUCCAAAGGAGAAUUCAGGCCUUCCUCCAUGCCUUCGAUACCCAACCCAUUUCCUGAGCUCUGCAGUCCCUCCCAUUCCUCAGUUCGGGCUGGUUCCCUGGUGGGAGAUCACAUCCCUUCAGAUGAAGACAUGCAUGUGGUGAGAGUGUAUGAUGAGGACACACACAGUCGCUCGGUGCUGGUGUCAUCAGGGACAACAGCACGUGACGUGUGUCGUAUUCUGGUCCAAGCAGCCCACUGUGUGGACCUAAAGAGCUGGGCCCUCAUUGAGCAGCACCCCUCACUAGGACUGGAGCGUUGUCUAGAGGACCAUGAAGUGCUGUUGCAAGUGCAGUCCUCCUGGCCAAAAGAUGGUGACACCAAACUGCUCUUUCGCAAAAAUUAUGCCAAGUAUGAGUUCUUCAGAAAACCAGCGCAAUAUUUCCCAGAGAACAUGAUCUCUGACAGCACUGAUGUCAAGACGGGAAUGAACUCCUCACAGCUUGUCCAGAGUAUGCUGAAAUGUGGAUCAUGUCCAGAAAUUCAAGGAUAUUUGCAUGUAAGAGAAGCAGGGAAGAAGUCCUGGAAGAAGCUUUACUAUAUUUUGCGACGAUCUGGACUCUACUGUUCCACCAAGGGCUCAUCUAAGGAACCUCGGCACCUUCAAUGUAUAUGUGAUUUAGAGGAUCUCAGUGUGUACACAGUGUGUAACAGUCGAAAACUGUAUGGAUCCCCUAAAAUGCACACAUUCUGCAUCAAGCCUCGGGGACAGAGAUUUUGUUCUCAGGAUCUCAAGCUGUUAUGUGCAGAAAAUGAAGAGUGUAAAACCUGCUGGGUUACGUCCUUUAGACUUUUUAAGUAUGGCAAGCAGCUUCACUGUAACUUCCUGUUGGCACAGACCAGUCCUGCGCUAGAGAUCCCACCCCGAAAAGAUGGCAAGCAAGACGAGGGCGAGCAGUCACUUGUGGCAAUGGACUUCUCGGGGAAGAGUGGCGGCCGGGUGAUCCUGAACCCCAGAGAGGCUCAGAGUGCUGAGCAAGAGGAAGCCUACAGCUGGAGGAAGCGAGAGGCAUUGCGCUACAGCUUGCCAAACAGUGGCCAGGGGUCACGACCUUCUGCUGUGCAUCAGACUCAGGCCUGGUUCCAUGGUGGUGUGUCCCGAACAGAAGCUCAGAGACUAUUGGAGGAGCAGGGUCAGGUGGAUGGGAUGUUUCUGAUUCGGGACAGCCAGCAGCACGCUCAGUGUUUUGUGUUGUCCCUGUGUCAUAAACUUAAGACCAAACACUAUCUCAUCAUCCCUUGUGAAGAGAGUGGCAGGCUCUACUAUACAAUGGAUGAUGGUGUUACUCUCUUUAUCGAUCUUCUGCAGCUGGUGGAGUUUCACCAGAUUAACAAGGGCAUCCUUCCUGUGUGCCUCAAAUACCCCUGUGUACGCAUCGCUCUCUGAUAUCUGACCCUUCCUCUUUGACCUCACAACCUUGGUAUCCUCGGUAAACUCAAUGAAGGUUUAUACUUUUCCAAAAACACUGAGCUGUGUUCAACAUACACUUAACCAACACCUCCAUUAUAAACUCCCUGUAAGCUUAUAGUUGGAGCCCAUCUGUUGUCCAGGACAGUUGGUAUUUGCCAUCAUUCAGCUCCUCACUUUUGGUCAGUGUGUGACCUUAGGAAUGUGGUUGGCUGCAAGGUGGUGUGUGGGUGUGGUUCCCCCCCCCCCCAGCUGACUUUUCGGUGAUCCUAACCCAGCAGUGACAGAUGUGUAAAAAGACUUGCAACUUCACACUAACCGCCAUCCGCCAUGCCAGACAAAACCGUUCUGCCUCUCAAAUAAUAUCCCAUCAGCAGCAAUCCUGCUGUGUUGAACAGGGCAGAGACUGGUUAAACAACUUGGCCUGGAAACAGAUGGUCUGCAGCCUGUAAUUGUACACCUCCCAAAUGCACCUGUGAGUUAGAUCUGUUGAAUAAAGUGGCCAGUCAGUGGAGAGUGUACGAUUAGUUUCCCAUGGAGUCAGGGGAGAGUGGAUGAUGUUUUAAACAAUCAUGGUCUUUAUUUUUACACAGUUGUAAAUAGUACUUUAGUGGAUACUUAUUUCUACAGAUAUACAAUUUUUCCCCAUCUGUUCAAAUGAUUUUCUAUUUGCAAAUUGAGCUUCUGUUCCUGCUGAUCCCUCUUCAACCACUAGGUGGCCUGGAACAGAUGUGAAAUUCGCUCAUUUAUUCUGUUGUGCAGGUGAUUUUACUUGCCAAUAAAUACAAAGUUGCAUGGCACAUGUUUUAUAUGAAGAAUUUUGCACAGUUUGCAUAACGGU